AUGUCCGGAGACGACCACUCAGGUCACCAGAAGAAGCUCUCCCGGUCACUGUUCAAGAGCUGGGGAAAGAAAUCCAAGGACGACGACUCCAACAACAACUCACCCAUCUCUCCCGAUCACUUCUCCACCGCCGCGAACAAAUUCAAUCUCAACCAAGAUGUCGUCGACUUCCUCAAACCCUCCACCGAGAAGCACGUGCCUAAACUCGACAUUGCUUUGGCGAAACGAUGGCCAGAGUCACAAGAAGUGCGAAGAAUGCCAGUGGGCGCGGAAUCGCAUCCAGCCGCGCCGGCGAACAUAUACACAAAACCGAAGAGGAGGAAAGGGUUGACCGUCAGUUUCGUCAGGACUUUGCCGGAGAUCAUUGGAGAAGGAGGAGAUGAAGCACCGGAUCCGACCUUGGAGAUAUCGAGGAAUAAAGCAAAGAUGUCUCGCUCGGCGUCAGAGCGAAGGCCCAGUGCCGCUGGCGACCCUUAUACACAAGCUCGAGCUCCGCCCUUGCCAGAGUUUCAGCCGCAGCAGCAGCAACAAGGACAGCAUUAUGCACCGCGACCGCCUUCUGGACGAGGAGGUCCUCCUUCUUCACAACCGCCGACAAUGCAGGACAUGGGUAGCUCUCCUCCAAUGCGGAGGACGAAUACUUCGGGGAAUGAGUUCUCGCCGCCGAUGCAGAGGAAGAUCGUGCCGGGUAAUGGGGAGGCUCCGAUACCACACAGACCGAGUAUUGGCAGGACACCGACGGGGGUGAGCAUACCUGGCGUCGGCGCAGGUGCGGCAGGACCGCGAGUUGAGGAUGAGCUGCAAUUGCCCCCUUCGUUACCAUCGAUCGAUACACAAGUUGGGGAGAAGAAGCAAGUGCAGGACGCGGACCUUGGACUGCCACCGCAAAAGGAAUAUUCAGGGCUGGAACCUGCACUCGAGGAUCCCGCAUCACCAGUGGCUGUGAAAAAGCGGGAGAUGAGAGCUAGCGAAGGACAAGCUUUGCGGAGAAUGAGUAUGAUGGUACCCGACGACUUGGCCGAAGAUGAGGAGGACGACAGCGCGAAUGGACAAACAGGUCCGAGGACAUCUCACCUGCCUUCCGUCCUGUCACCUGAGGCGGCGUCGGGCAUGCAUCCUGGCUUUGAAAAGGCUGCACCUGGGGAUUACGUCCCUUCGCCGGAUAGUGCGUCCACGAUGGAUUCUCCCGGUCCUUUUGCGGACCCGAAGUAUAUCAACCAGCAUCCAGGGGAACGGGCUGCUGCAUCCAAGGCUUUUUCGCAUAGACCGCAUCCGGCUGUUGGAAAGGCGAUUGCACCUCCGCCAGUGCCGCAGAUUGGACCGCCGACAGCUCAGCCUCAGGCGCGAUCUCUGCACAGCUAUUCGAACAGCUAUGCGGCGCAGCCGCAGGACAGACAUGUUGCACCGCAAACUAGAGGUGGCUCGCGGGCUUCGGAGCCUCCAAAAGUUGGUCCCAACUUCUCUCACUUUUACACUUCAGACGCUAUUCCUCCCACUCGCAAAACUCGAGCAUGCCUGCCGCGAGACCAUCACAUCACUCUCAAGACCCGUCAGAAAGACAGCCACCAAUAUACGCACGAUCUAAUGGAUCUGCCACGAGCGUACAUCACCUCGCCCCAACGACGUCAUCCCAUUCUCGCAUCGCUUCUCGGCCCUGGCGUGCGUGCACCCGCCUCACCAAUGUCUCGACCGGUGUAUGGCGAAGCACGACAGUCCUAUCAGAACGCGCGCUCAACCAUCGGCGCACUCCGCGAGAUUGAGAGACCCUCUUCCGCUGCCUCAUAUACCUCCUCCAUACUCCGAGCGCCGGCAUCACCCAGUGUGGGCGGCUAUGAAAGUGAUGCCGCUGCAGAGUCCGCCUAUAACGACUUUGCGGGACGAGUGGCGCACAUGAAAGGCGUCUUUCGUCUGACCGCAGAGCGAGAACAACCUGCAGACAAAUGCUCACCAUCAAUGUGGUUACGUGCUGCGCUCUGGUGGUAUCUUCACGGCAAGAUGGGACUGGAAAACCUUCUGCGCCAGCAGGAUCGAAGGGGCCUCUUGACGCAAGCACAUGUCGACCUUGGCAAGGCGUGGUGGAUCUUGGUGGAUCGGUUGGAAGUUCAUACCACGCUCGGAGAACAAGGUCUUGACGAAGGCGUGUCUGCACUACGAUACCAUCUCAAGUCAUUAUCGCUGGCCAUGUCGAGAAACACGAUCUUCCCGCCCGAGCAGUCUUUGAUUCAAGGUCAAGAUACGAGGAUAUGGCUGGAGUAUCCGCGCUUCACAAUGGAUGCGGCGGCUGUACUGGGUGGGAAUACAUCCACUUCUAUGAUCGUGGAAGAUCAGAAGCAAGGUGUGAAUCCGUACGAACUACUCCUACUCGGCGAUUCGAGAGGAGCAUUCUGCUAUGGGAGGUUUCCUGUCGAAGUCUCCAUCAAGACGGACGAACAGGAGACAGAUCGCGUGGUGCUGGCAUGCAUGCUUACUGUUUCUCGCGAUCGGUCCGACUACCAGACCAGCCUCUCCAUCGCAUCACAAACCGACCUGGUCAGCAUCCGUGUUCUUCCUGAAGUACAAGGCAAACGAACUCUCACUUGGUCGGACGUGGCCUUUCACUCUACAUCCUCAUCUCUCAACGUCCGUCUACCUCGCGGCUUCGACCUCACCGUCCGAAUGCAAGAGCGAGACUUCCGCGCCGUCGGGAACCUGACCUCCUACGCCCAAAAAGUCGAACGUAGCCUCCGCGCCGCCCAAGACGAACGCCUCAUCCACGAAGUCCGACUAGUAGAACUCCAAUACGCCGACUCCGCCAACGCCCACGGCUUCCCAUCCGAAAAGCUAAAAGGCUGCAUGGCAAUGGUCUACGAGAAAAUCACCAAACACACCGACGGCAACGGCAUCCGCCGUCUCCACCGCGGCUACCGUAUCCUCCUCAUCACCGAGCCCGGCCACAAAACUCUCUCCACAGUCUCCCACGACAUCGGCCGCAAAGGUCCCAUCCUCUUCGAAUACCUCACCGACCAAUCCGCCGGCGGCGCCGUCGCAAUGGUCCUCCGCAUCCGCGAAGAACAACGCCAAUGCCGCAUCCUCCUCGUCUUCCCCGACGCUUCCGUGCGGCAGGAACUCUACGCCGCUCUGACCGGUAUCAAACUCCAAUCCGACGAGUCCAUCAUUUCCAAAACUUCCCUUUCCUCCUUACUCAUCGAGUCCGCUGACCCGGCUCACUUCUCCGCCACCCCAUCCCCACUCCAAAGCUUGAAAUGGUCCACCGUCUCCGUCACAAACGGUCUCCCCGACCCCACCUCCCCGACCCACGCCCGCCACGCCUCUUCAACAGUCGAAUCCGACGCCCUCCGUCUCGUCGCCCAAAACGCAACAGGAACCCUCACCGACCGCCUCAACCUCGGCAAAGGCGAACUCCUCCUCCGCUUCCCUCCCCCUUCGCCCGCGACACCUCGCGAUACAAUCCAACUCCUCCGCGCGAGGCAAGAGGACGCCACGCUGGCGAUCGAUGUGCGCAGCACCCCUCCUCAUAUUGUGGGCGAACUCAGCAAGGUGCAUAAUUUUUUGACCAGUGGCGCGACGCUGAGGACUUUGAGUUUCCCGACUGUGGGGGCUUUACAUGCUUUUCAUGAGGCUGUUACGGGGUAUACGGUGCUGUUUGAUGGGUUGGCGACGACGUUUGCGAUUUCGAGGAGGAGGAUGGUGGUGCCGAUUUAUAAGAAGUUGGAGGCGGGGAAUGUGCGUAUCGUCGUGGUUUCCCGCUCUGCCACCGCGGGAGGAAGGCAAAGUUUCGGUCCGGGGGCGGGCGGGGGUGGUGGUGGAGGUUGUGGGGGUGUGGACACGAAAGUCCUGGCGUUCAUGGAGGGGUUCGCGGCGUGUGAGGCGUUGUGCGUGAGGGUGAGGGAAAUGGAUGUCGUGGAGAAAGUGAAGGGAGGGGGGGUCAAGUUGGUGGAUGCGAAGUUUACGCUUGUUGCUCCUGGGACGGGGACGGGCGGGGAGGAGGAGGGCGAUGGUGGAGGAUUUGGAGGCUUGAAGGGCAGGUUUGUCAAUUUGGAGGGACUGGAGUAUGCGGAGGAACAUGAUGAUUUGACGGUGGGGUUUGAGGGGGAGGGGGACAGUGAUGCUUUCGCCCAAGCGCUGCCCGCUACGGUGGGGAAUGUGAGCCGGGGGUUUACGUUGAAGAGGAGGACUUGA